AUGUGGAUGGGGAGCAUCCUGCCGGGCCCAUGGGUGCUUUGGCUCGUGAAGGUCCAGUUUGUUAACACUACAAACCUUCUCUUCUGUGACUGCCGGAAGCUCUCUGAACACCAAGCGUUGGCAGCAAGGAGCCAGGCCCGCGCUCGCCACGCCCGGUGCCCCGAGCUUCGGGGCCUGCGCCCGCCCGGGAGCAAUGGCGACGACGCCCAGGCCACCUCGCUGAUCCGGCCCCCAGGCAGUGCCCUCACGGGGUGCCGGGUUCCCGCGGGCUGCGGCAGCUUUGGCUCCGAUAUAGGCGUCCCCGCUCCCUCGACCGCCCGCCCGGCGAUCCCGUCAGCUCCGGCCGCAGCCAUUUUGGAGCAAGCGGAGACAAAGAGCUAG